GUGACCAGCUUCUACAUGUAUUUUACAUCAGAAGAAAAUAUUCCCAUGUCAUCCCAGCCUUGGCUCUGGAAGAAAAAAAGCAAUGCCAUUUUUCCAAGUGAUGAAAGCCAAAACAAAACAGAGGCCUGGGUGCAAACUGUUCUUCCAUCAAGCUCUCAAGAUACUGAAGAGACACUGAGUGGUAAUGCCGACCCCAUAUCACAAACAACCAUCAUCUCAUCUAUUCCUCUGCCAGGCAGUAUUACUGACUACAUGGAUGAAUUGCAUAUCCAUCCUUCAUGUGCAGCAGAAAGCACUGAUGUUGGUGAGGAAACAGGUCCAGGUGAAAUUGGACAAGGGCAAUCUUUGUUGAAUAAAUUUAGUUUCAGCCAGCUACCAUUUGUGAGAUACCUGACUGAAAAGAAAGGAAAGAAAAUACCUGCACAAAAAGGUCAUCCAAAUACUCCUAGAGUACUCUCUCAUGACAAUCAGCUGGAUGGAUGCCUAUCCAAAGAUGAGCAACUUUACAUUCCAUACAGAUUAGCUAAAUUAUAUAUUAUCAAGAUCGCAAAAGACAUGCACCAGAUGAAAACCGGAUAUUUGAAGUCAAUCAAAGAGCUAGAGCAGGUUGGGAAAGAGAGCCAGGAGCAAGCCAUAAUGGUGGUGAAAAAUCAGUAUUACAACAAAAUGAAGAACCUGAAAGCUCAGUUAGAAGCCUAUCAAGAAGUAGUAGACAAGAAAAACCAAUACUGGCAAGACAGAACAAAGAGACUGGAGGAAGAAAACAGUAAACUGAGACAGGAGAAAGAAGAGUUCCUAAACCAGAUUACAUUGCAAAAGGAGAAUUGGGACAAAGAAAAGGCUUGGCUUCUAGAAACUACUACUCAAAAGCUAAACUGUCUGUACAUGCAACACACCUUAACUGUCAAGGAGUUUCGGAAGACUAGGCAAAACCUUGAAAAAGCGCAGAAAAUUGUAGAUUUUCAGAUGGACUUGCCUUGUGAUCAACGAAGAGCAUUAAUUACAUCAGAUGAGGUAACAGAAAACCAAACCACAGAGAAGACUGCAAAUAAAAAGAUGCCUGUUGUCACAGCAUAUGAGUUAGAGACUACUGAACUAAGUGAAAGUUCUGCAUCUUUUGUGGUGGAGAUGGAGGAGGUGCCUGGAUGUUUGCCACAAAAGAAACUUUUGUUGGAAGUGAAAACCAUUUUGGAGCUGAUCAGAGAGUCUUUACAGAAGCAAGAAACUGAGAUCUGUGAACUUCUACAAAGUGAACAGUGCAAUAACUAUCCAAAUAUGAAUGCAUUGCUGACAACAUGAAUAGACAAACUAUUUCUACAGUUAGUUAAUGAAAGUAUCUGCUUGAUUUUCAAGCUUACUAAUAGCAACCACACUUUCAGCCCAAGGAAAGUUUGUUACAUGCUGCAAAUAUACUAAAAUAACCCAAUUCAGGAUACUGAAUGCAGCAGUGUUUUUUUUUUUCCUGAGCAUUUUCAUAUUUCACAAAAUCUAAUACUAACAACUUAUCACAAAAAUAAUAGCUGGAAUCUUGGUGACCUUCUGCUCAUACACCAAGCACUUUCAAUCACGUGCAGAUUCACACCAGCCUCUUCACUCCUUGCAAAGCUACUUUUGAGCUUUAAGGAUUUGACCAGUGGCAUUUGAUGCAAGCCAAGAGGUUAUAGGUCCAUUAAGAAGGUGAGGCAAAAACUACAGCAGAUUCUGUGGGGAGAAGUAAUGACCUCCAACUAAGGGCAAAAUAUCUGCACCACCUUAACUGGUCUGCUACCCUCUGAUCUGUCGGAGGGCACUAUUGAUUUGCCAGUGUUGAAUUAAGGUUCAAUUGCCAGUCUAUGUUAUUUAUGUAUAUGAAAUGAAAAGAACCUUGCAUAAGAUUUUGUGUUUUGCACUCUAUGCCCUAGGACCAUUGUUUUUCUUAUGCUAUCAUUGUUGGGUAGCAGUUUGAGUACUGGAUUAUGACUCUGGAGACCAGGAUUUAAACCCACUGGCUAGAUUACCACACUACACUCUUAUAGUGCUGCUAUUCCUCUAUAACUACUUUGGCUGCCACCUGUUGCACUCUGGGAUUUGCAGUUGAGAGAGGAACAUUUAAGAUUCUCAGUCAAAGAGCUCUUAGGUCACACUGAACUACAAACAGGAAGCAGCCAGAACAGUAAAAGUGGAAUAGCAGCACUAUAAGAGUGUAGUGUGGUAAUCUAGAGAGUGACCUUUGGCUGGUCACAUUCUCUCAGCAUCAGAGGAAGGCAAGGGCAAACCUCUUCUGGACAAAUGCUGCCAAGAAAACCUCACAUAAGGGUCACCAUACAUCAAAAAUGAUUUGAAGGCACAUAGCUACAAUCAGUCUCUAAUAGUGAGCAACAUUAGAUUCCAUUUGUGGGCAUCCUUGAUUGUCCACACAUGUGAUAAAAAAUCUAUAGAUUUGUAUGUCCCUUGUCUGUGAUUGUUAUUUUAACCAUGGGCUGUAGAACCUUGUUAAAAGCCUCCCCCAUGAGAAGAGCAAGCAAGCAGAAUAAACUCUGGGGUAUGUCUUUAUUUACCGGUCAGUAUUGUUCUCCUGUUUGCAUUAUUUGCAUAUAUGAAGUAUGUAUGAAGUAUGGUUACUUUUUCUUUUUUUCUCUUUCUUUUGAAGAUGCUUUCUUAUUAUUUAGAUAUGCUGUUGCUGGUGGUGUUAUUGUGGUGUGCCUUCAAGUCAUUUCCACUUAUAGCUGCCCUAAUGUGAACUUAUGAAGUUUUCUUGGCAAGAUUUGUUCAGAUCAGUUUGCUUUUGCCUUCCUCUCAAACCGAGAGAAUGUGACUUGCCCAAGAUCACCCAGUGUCAUGCACAAGAUCACUUCAGUUCAGAAAUGCAAGCUUCAGUAAUUAAACAUGAAAACUUUAAUCAGAAGAUGUUCACAGCAGACAUAUGUUGUCAGGCCUGAGGCAUGAGUGGUUUACACAGUAUAAUUAAAGCACACAGCAAUUGAGACUAGGUGUAAGCUUACACCCCAUUUGUCCAUGGAGCUCAACAUUUUUGCAUUACCUUAUACCCAGAGUUCCUCUUCCGUACAACUCCAUACCAACCAUUCUCAUUGGAUUGGCCUUGAAGCUCCCAGGGCAAUCUCUGCUUCUCAUUGCUUCUAACAUCUGUUUGUUAACCACUACAAGGAAUGUAGGUACCAAUACCAUACUUAACCCAGGACAGCACAGCAUAUCAUCCAAUAUUAAAAUGCUAUAAGUCCAUAAACUAUGUUAGGAAAUCUGAGAGAUUCGCAUCCUGACAAACAGUAGGUUUCCAUGGCCAAGUGGGGAUUUAAACACUGGUUUCCAGAGUCAUAUUCCAAUCCCUGCCGGCUCUAGAUGUUGUGUUACUUAUAUAUAUUUGUUUUGUUCUAUCAUUGUCUCGCUUAUGCAGUAGACUUGCUUGUGAGAGUAUUGCUCCUGUUAAAUGAGUAGGUGAAGUUUAGGUAUUACCAAGAUGAAAGUUUACUCACAGAAACUGGUUACUAUAAAUAUUCUUUAUACUUUAAAGAAUUUAUUUUUAUUUAUUAGGGUAUUUAUAACCUGCUCUUCAGACUUGUUUGUUGAAAUGGACAUUAUCUAAAAAUGUGUUGUAUUAUAUAUAUGUUUUAAUUAUCUUAUUCUGUACGUUCUAUAUGUUUUGAAUACAUUAUUCUUUUCAAACAGUCCUGCU